GUUAUUUGAAAUUAGGGCACCGAGUCCAUCUUUUUAAUAGCGAGAAUUUUUCUUGUUUUCAGACGGUGAGUGUUGUCAGAUAUUCAUAUCCUUCACUCGACUUGAGAGUUGAGACUUGAAGUCGAAGCAGCACAAACUCACUCGCAAACUGAGAAACCAUGUUGUUCUUCUCGUAUUUCAAGGACUUGGUGGGUAGAGAAGUGACUGUAGAGCUGAAGAACGAUUUGGCAAUCAGGGGGACCCUUCACUCGGUGGAUCAGUACCUCAACAUCAAGCUCGAGAACACGAGGGUUGUUGAUCAAGACAAGUAUCCUCACAUGCUUUCAGUAAGAAACUGUUUCAUCAGAGGUUCAGUGGUGAGAUACGUUCAGCUCCCUCCCGAUGGUGUCGACAUCGAACUGCUCCAUGAUGCCACGAGAAGAGAAGCUCGGGGUAGCUGAAAUUCAUUGGUUUUGAACUAUCAGUGUACUUUUACAUGAAUAUCUAUCUGAUCUUGGAUACUGUGGAUGUUAUAGCUUUCAGGUCCAAAAUGACUUUUCUUGACUUUCAAAUGGGAUUUGAGUUUCCCAUGCAUUGGGUCCAUGAUAGCAUAAAUUUCAUAAUAUGUAUCUUGAUUUGGUCUGGGAAUAUGCAGAAAUAUUUGUUGACAAAAACAA